AUGACUGACCAAGUUCAUGUCCUCGUGAAGAUCUUCAAACCAUGCACGCUAUGCGGUAAGGAGGGCGAGGAUCGAGUCAUUCUCAUCAACGAGGACGAGACGGGCAGCUACAACACGACGUUUCUAUGUUCCGCAGAGGAAGGAGGAGAGAUGGAGGUUCAGUUUUUCCGGCGGCUUGAUGGAGAGUUCAACAAGGUUUUGAGAUUUUAUAAGCAGAAAGUGGAGAGCGUGAUGGAGGAAGCCGAUGAGCUUAGUAGACAAUUAAACGUUUUGAUUGCUCUCAGAGUUAAGGUUGAGAAUCCAAAUGUUGACUUCCCCGACAUUAGUAGUAUCUCGAGUGCUCCUUCUUCUCCACACAACAGGACUCCAGCCAUUUCCCCAAUGGAAGUGAUCAAAGAAAUGGAACAAGUAGAAGAUAAGAAAGUCUUUAAACCUGCUCCAGUAGAAAUUCUGGAUCAUAUAAAGCUCAAGAUCGAACCGGAGACUCCAUUGUCAAUGCUUAAGUGCAUGAUCAUGGGUCUCUCAACUGAGCAAACCUUCAGCAAACCAGAGCUUAAAAGAGCCGAGGAGCUUAUGGACCGCGCUUUUGUUGAGUUCUACCAGAAACUUAGGUUCCUAAAGAGUUAUUGCUUCUUGAAUCAGUUGGCGUUUUCAAAGAUACUAAAGAAGUAUGACAAGACUACUUCGAGAAAUGCGUCUAAGCCUUAUCUACAUAAAGUGGAUCAUUCUUAUUUAGGAAGCUGCGAUGAGGUCUCAAGGGUCAUGUCAAGAGUGGAAGCUACGUUUAUUAAGCAUUUCGCCCAUGGAAACCACCGUGAAGGAAUGAAAUGUUUAAGGACUAAAGCUAAGAGGGAGAAACACAGAAUCACAUACUUCCUCGGUUUCUUUUCUGGUUGCACCGUAGCUCUAGCCAUUGCUAUAACGGUUCUUGUACAUAUAAGAGGCAUAACAAAAAGUGAAGGAAGGCAUCAAUACAUGGAGAACAUCUUCCCUCUUUACAGGAGACAUAUAUUUCUGAGUCGAUAUAGAGUAAACUACCCCUUUAUCUUCGGGUUUGACCAAGGGACUGAUCUUGGUUACAGAGAAGUUCUUCUUCUAGCCUCUGGUCUAGCAGUUCUAACAUUCGGAGGAGUCAUCUCGAAUCUUGACAUGGAGAUGGAUCCGAGAACCAAAGAGUUUAGUGUCAUCACUGAGCUUGUUCCUUUAGGUCUUCUCAUGUGCUUCAUGAUUACGCUGUUUUGUCCACUCAAUAUAAUAUAUCGGUCAAGCAGAUAUUUCUUCAUCGGGUGCGCCUUCCGUUGUCUUUUAAGCCCACUAUACAAGGUUAUUCUCCCGGAUUUCUUUCUCGCAGAUCAGUUGACUACUCAGGUGCAAACAUUCAGAAGCUUGUUGUUUUAUGUAUGUUAUUAUGGUUGGGGAGGAGAUUUCAAGAAAAGAACACACACAUGCUAUGAGAGUGAAAUUUACAAAGAACUCUAUCUUGUUGUUGCCAUCAUUCCUUAUUGGUUCCGCUUUGCUCAGUGUAUAAGGAGGUUGGUUGCGGAAAAAGACAAAAUGAAUGGCCUUAACGCACUAAAGUAUCUCUCGACCAUAUUAGCGGUUGCGGCUAGAACAAUCUUUGAAACAAAGAGAGGGACCUACUGGCUUACGGUGGCUGUAACCACGUCAACCAUUGCCACAUUGUUCAAUACUUAUUGGGACAUAUUCAGGGAUUGGGGUCUAAUGAACCGCAACUCCAAAAACCCUUGGCUUCGUGACAAACUCUUAAUCCCUUACAAAAGCAUAUACUUCAUUGCCAUGGUGGUAAAUGUGGUGCUGAGGCUGGCUUGGAUGCAGACAGUUCUUGGGAUUAGAGAAGCUCCAUUUUUGCACAGAAGAGCUUUGGUUGCUGUUGUUACCAUUUUAGAGAUUCUUCGUCGUGGCAUUUGGAACUUCUUCAGGUUGGAGAAUGAGCAUUUGAACAAUGUGGGGAAAUACAGAGCCUUCAAGUCUGUACCUUUGCCUUUUCAAGAAGUUGGAGGAAGCAAGAGCAUGUAA